GAAAGAAAGAGGCGGAAUUACAAAUAAGAAUGAGAAGAGUCAAUUAUGAUCGGGCUUCUUUUUUUCUUUCCUUGUUUAUGAACUUCUGUACAUACAUUUAUUCGGCUGCAUAUAUAACACAUGGUCUCUAUGACAGGUUUAAACAUCAUUUACUGUAAGAAUACAUUAUGCUCUAUGGUGCUUUUAUUGAGUUUAUUUAGCAAAAUGGAAAGCAAGACAGGUAUCAAGAUAGCUUUCAAUUUUGCUGAACAAUAUUUUGAAUUGAAAGGAGGGAGUGAACAGGAUAUUCGUAAAAUAGAGGAGUGGAUACUAUGUCAGCUAUUACCAAGACUACAUGAAGGAAUUGAUGGCAACUACAUGGAUGGAACCUAUUUGAGUUCCUUUGAUUUUUCAAAUAAUCAAGCACUCUUGCCUCCAAGAAUAUCCAAACAAAAACCUGUCAUUGUGGGUAGGCCAGUCGAAGCAGCGCCGGACGCUCAUGAGCCAGACUAUCCUAUUCCAAAGCAAAUGAACAAAAAUGAUGAUAUGGUUGUAGCAGUGUUUGAGAUAUCCAAUAAGGUAGAUAAUGUUGAAAGCCUUUUAACUGGUCCACCUCAGCAUAAUAUGCAAAAUGCAAAAUAUUUGAGUUUGAUCAGUGAUGCGACAUUGACAAUAUGUACUCUGGUCGGAAGAAGGAUCAUGAUUGAAGGAUAUAAUGAAGAAUCAGUCAAUGAUGCUCUCAGUCGAUUUGAAAGGCUUCAGACGACCUAUAUUGGGUGUUAUAUGAAGCCCAUGACUGUUCCAUGUCUUCAUUAUUCAUGCGAAUCAGAUUCUUACCAGCUGUUCUUAUGCAGACUAAAGAGUUACAGGUAUAAAUCACUCAUCACAUUCUCGGAUCAUGUCGAUCGCCGUUCGCUUUACAUCAUCUUGCCCGUAUUCUCUGGUCCACCCAGGGAUAUGAUUCAACGAAAACGAGACAUUCCCAAUAGAAUAAAUAUCUCACCAGCUCCUUCUCUGACAUCAUCAUUAUCAUCAUUAUUAUCACCCGGAUAUGACUCAUCUUCUAUGCCUUCUACACCUAUACCUAUACCAGGACAUGCUAUACCCUCUUAUCUACCAGAACAAUCAGCCCAUGUGAAGCCCUUGACACACAUCGACUCAACCGCUCAUGUAUCAUCCUCAAGAAGAAGUAGUAUGAGCAGUAACUCAGGCAGUUCUUGUAAUCACUCAUACAAACCUACUCUGUCCCAUAACAAUCCCAGCAUACACCAAGUUUUACAAAUACCACUUCAAAGGGCACCCACAUCAGUUGGCUCUAGUCGACCCUUUAGUCAAUUGCAGAUGGCGAAAAGCUACAACUUUGACAACAUCAGAUGUGGACUAGAAAAGGGUCUAGAGGCAGCCAGAGGCCACAAGGGUGAAGUUUUGUUGUCAGCCAAAAUUGGUAAAAUGUUGUGGACAAAUGUAGAAAAGAAGGUAUCUAGCACUCUAUGGAAGUUUCAUGAUUUACGUGAUAUCUUGAUGUUGGUACAUGGUAUCCAGCCAUAUUUUAAUGAUGUGAUCACGUCAGAUAACAACACGAUGAAUGGACUCUUAGAUAUCUUACCUACUCCCACCAAACCAAGAAGAUAUCAUGAGUUUUAUUGUCUUUCAAGGAAUCAAAAGGGAAUACCGUAUCAACCGAUCAUCAUUCAAAUGAAAGACGCCAUUAUUGAAGCACAGAAGGUGAUUUAUUCUCAAAAGGUAGUUACUGAGAUCGAUUGGAUGUGUCUUGACCGAAAGCUAGACUUUCAGCUCAGUCUGAAGGUUCAAGACCAUAUACGUAGAGACGUCAAACCGAUCAAGACAUUUGUAAAGAAAGUCGCAAUGAAUCCCACGACGGGCGCCUUGAUUUAUGAAGAUGUUCCUGAUUUCUUACGCGUCAAGAAGGUUUUGUUGAAAGAAACAACACAGUACAGGAUUCAAAACUAUGUCAUUGAAGUCACUCGAGUUGAAAAGCUCGCGACGAGAGAAGCACCGAUGAAUGAGUAUCAACCUCGAAAGCAGAUCAUUGCAGAAAUAAGCCCGGAUAAUCAUUGGUUUGAGACAGAAAUCUAUGAUGCAUCGCACAGUGAUUUCUUUGAUAUCAACAAGAACCUUGGUGUAGCAAAAGCUGCUAGUUGGAAGCCAGAUGAUAUCUUAGGCAAAGAUUAUAACUCUUUAAAGAGAUUGAUAGCCUUUAUUCUGACAUUUAUUGAACAAGCUGAAGAAAAGUACAAGAUGGUGCUUUGAUUUUCUUUAUUUUUUAAAUUCAGCUAAAUGCCCUUUUUUUUAAAUUGAACCCUUCUUUUUCUCAUAACAAAGAAAGGAAAAGAUGGCAAGUGAUUGAUGAAUGUUGAAUUAGUAACAAAGAAAAAUAAAAAUAAACCUCAUAUUUUCUCAUUAGGAUUUAGCCGUCUACCUUGUGCUGUUUUUGGUCAUGUUUGGCUUUAUUGUCUUUGUGUUAUUGUUUGGGGAAUCUCCAAGUUUAAGAAAUGGACCUAUUGGCAAACUACACUUUAUAUUAACUGAGAAAAUACCUAAAAUGAUAAC